AUGCAAGCAGAGGUGGGGCAACGGCCAUGCGCAAACGACGAACAAGGCGAUAAACUUGAGGCACAAGAUGAUCCUCGGGAAGCUGGCGGCGGCCACGGUGGCUUCUCCUAUGUGCAGCGCAAGCGCCAACCAGGUCGCAAGGCGAAGGGCAACAAGAGGGCAGGUCGAAGACAAGCAGACAACGUUCACGAAAGAGGGAGCUCAGCUGUUCACCCAUCCACCGAAGACCUCAUCGGACUGAUACGCUCGAAGCAGCGAGCAUUACAGCAAGGUCCCUUCGCUCAGUUGCUGCUCGAAAGCAUAGACGCCUUCUCCCACGCCAGCGCGUCAGCCAGGACGCAGCGAGCUUUCUCGCAUGCUGAAGAGAAAGCGACAGAAUCCGCUUCAAGCCCAAUUGACAGCCCCAGGCAAGAGUCAGUAGCCUCAUUGCUGUCGUCACUCUCGCUGUCAACGGGCGCAGGGCCUUCUCGUCCAAGCCGAUGGGUCCCCGACCGCAUCGUAGCCCUGGGUAUGGGGAGCGUCGCGCAGAGUCGAAGUGCACAGAUUCAGCUUGCAUUACUGCUGGUCAUGGCUGACUACUUUGAGCGAAAGAGGAACAUGGAGGGCAGUCACGCAAGCAGUGGAGAAGAGCAUUCGCAUUCGCAUCCACUGGGGACAAAGGCUGCGGCUGAACAACAACGAGCGGCCCGUCGCCCGACGCUCCUCGCAUUUGAUCCGCUCUCCACAGAGAGAGAUGCCGAGGUUCUCAAUGCGCUUGGCGUUGCAGCCUCAUCGCGGGACGAAGUAGCACCUACUGCUCUCUUCCCAUCGAUCGACGCUGGCCAAGACCAAUCGUGGCCGCGUACCCUCCUAUACAUGCCUCACUGCCCUCGUCAACUCUAUGAGGCGUACUUGCGAGCGGCCCUGAUCCCUGCACACUCCUCCUCACUCACGCCUAGCGCAGGGCUGGCUCAGGCUCAUCAAUACGACACAGCUCUCCUCUGCAACCGGCUCACACGAUAUGCUGAGCUAUCACCAGACGAAGCCCGCCUUGCGCGUGAGGCGCCUGCUCUGUGGCGGCUUGCGCCUCACAUGUCGGCCAUCUGGCUGCCAGAGGUGGGAGCAAAGGAGCCCUGCGCUGGAGCCGGAGAGGCAUUGAGUGAUUUGGGCUUUCAAUGGUUUGAUGUGGCAACGGAUGAAGUAGGAGCAGAGGAGUCAAGUGCUAGCAACACGAGGGCACGACAUGGGGCCGAGAUGGUCGGUGGCGAUGGCGGACAGACUGAGAGCAGCAUGACUGCUGUGCCUCCGCGAAGAGCAAGGCGGCGGCGUGGGCGAGACAAGGCUGACGAGACUGGCAAGCACGGCGCUUCGAGUGUACGCCGCCCGCAUCCGUCCGAGGCAGAGUUCUGGCAGCUACCCGCGCCCGUACAAAGUGCGGCAGACGGAGAAGUCCUGUAA